AUGAAGCAUGUCUUAAAUGGUGAAGAAGAGCAUGAAUCAUGGGCUACGGUGAAGGUGUUGAAUGAUUCAAGACCAGUUAUCUACAAAAUAUCCGAGUCCCUUGUCAAUACAUGUCUCCCUUCAGGUUAUCCAUAUAGGCGAGUUCAUAAGACACAAUUUCAUAUCGAGUUCUCUUUCUCUCAACAAACUGUUAAUCAAAGUGUCAUUUCUCAUGGAACUAAAACCUACUGCAAUGUGAAUGAAGGGUAUCUUAGAUACACACAAUUUCGAGCAUUACAACACUUCUCCAGUGCAACAUUAUUUGUCUUAUCAACUCAGUCACUGUUACAUGCUGCAGGAUUAAGACCUACACCACCACAAGCAACCACAACUAGUUGGAUACGUAAGGAUGGAAUGCAACAUGUGGGAAAACUAAUGUGCAGCAAGUUAGGUGAAAAAAUGGAUUUUGAACCCAUUAUCGUUAAAAUUCAGUUUAAGAUGUAUUGA